GCUUUUCACCGUCAUAACUACCUUACCAGCUCAUACUGCAUCUCAAGGCCCCACCUUUCAUCUAUCAUGUUCCGCCUCUUUCGUCGGCCGCCGGCUCCGGACGAUAUCUAUUCAUCCAGCCUCCAGACACUCUGCCUCGGCCAUGCUCUCUGGUACCCAGAGCCUCACAAGUCAGGCGAGCCCCAGAUUGGCGAUGUGGGAUUCAUACGCGAGGGCGCAUUCAUCAGACUGUUCAAUCUCGACACCUCUGCUCCCGAGAAGAAGGUCACGUUCUGGCCGACGCCAUUCGAGGAUAUAGAGCCCCUUCCCGAAAACGUACUGCAAGUCGACCCCAGAUCUUGUCCACUUGCGCCCGACCGUUACUGUAGCCACGGAGUCGAGAGCAGUGGUAUGCGUGCGUCAGCGAACGUGUGAGUGGAC